AUGAUCCGGAGCCAGGCCCGACCCGCGACCCGGGAGGUCAGGGGUCCGGGCCCCUACGCCAUUGCCGUGAUCGCGAAACCAAGGCUGCCUCCGGGGCAUCAUCAUGAGGAGAUCAUGUUCGAGAGACGGGAGAAGGACUUCGCCCGAGACCAGCUCCUGAGGUUCAACAGGAACCAGAAGAGCUGUGACCUGAACAGCUCGUGGCUGGAGACCUCCGAGCGUCACAUCCUGAAAGGAGCCGUCAGCAGAGAAGUCCAAGCGGCUCUGAAAGUGUACGAGACCGAAGUCGAGGGACGGAGACACAGGCUCCAGGCUGUGUUGGCGGAGGAGGAGAAGCAGCUCCUGCAGGAGGUGGAGGACAAGAUGGAGACGGUUGAGGAGAGACAAGAGAAGAUGAGAGUGAGAGCGAAUACACUGAGGGAGAGAAGAGAGAGAGCCAGACAGGAGCUGGUGUCGGAGAAGCUGGAUAAGCAGUUCAGGGAGCAGUGCCAGGGGGUGCGGGCCGUGCUGAACAGACAGAGGCAGCACCAGGUGAAGGAGGAGCAGGCGUCUCUGCUGAGGAGGCGCCAGCAGCAGCUGCAGCAGCAGCAGGAGGAGGACCAGCUGUUCGACCAGCUGUGGGAAGCCGACCGACGAGCCAAAGACGAGCAGGAGCAGCAGCGGGCGGAGACUCAGCGGCUGAGGGACAUGGAGCAGCUGGUCGGCCUGGACACUCAGGUGGAGGAGGCGGAGCUGAAGAGACGGGCGGAGAAGGAGCAGAAAGAGGAGGAGUUUCGACUCAUGAGGCGGGAGGAGGAGGAUCAGCGGCUGCUCGCUCAGCAUCAGCAGCGUCAGAAGAUCCAGACUCGACUGAGCAGACAACACGAGCUGGAUCAGGACUUCAGGAUGAAGAUGAAGUAUCGAGGUCGAGAGCAACAGGACAAGGAUCAGCUGGACAUGAACAUUCAGGAGCUGCUGCUCCAACAGGAAACAGACAAGAAGCAGAAAGAUGCUCAGAAGAAGGUAAACACACCUGAGCCUCUGAAUGUUGAAGUGAUCGGUUGUGGAGUAAAUGCAGUGUGUAGCGGUGGCCAGCAGAGGGUGUCAGAGAGCUAUAACCACCCGGACCUCAGGGCGGAUCUGUGUGAGGAAGGGCGACGGUACCGCAAGUAUCUGUCUGAUGAGCAGCAGCGCCAGAGGAUGGAGGAGGAGGAGAUGGAGCAGAUGAUCCAUGAGAAGGUGGAGGAGAACUGGGACAGAAAAGACGAAGUGAAGCGUCUGGAGCAAGAGAACCGAGAGCGCAUCAUCAAAGAGGUGGUGGCGGAUCAGCGUCUGCAGAUCCAACGAAACAUUAACCUGAAGGAGCAGAAACGUGCUGCUGAAAUCAGAGAGAGAGAAGAGAUGACCAGACUGAUGGAGGAGAUGAAGGUGAAGGACGAGGAGGAGAGAAGAAGGGAGAGGCGGAGGCGUGAGGAGUAUGAGUUGGGCCUCAGGCAGCAGGUGAAGGAGCAUGAGCAGCUUCGGUCUGAUUUCAGAGCUCAGACUCAGAAAGAGGAGGAGCAGACGGCGACGCUGCGGCAGAUCAACCACGACAGGAUACUCCAGGUCCUGGCGGCGCCCAUCGCCCACACCGCCGCCACACACCCGUUCAGGAGAGGGACGUCCAGCUCCGCCCUCACAGACCAUCACAAGUCUGACCAGGAGGACAGUCUGUCUCCAAAGUGACCGGAGACUUCAGUCACUUCCCACAUGAUGAUCAGUCCUUUUAAUUAC